ACCUUCAUUGGAUACUGACUGGCCCUCAUUCAGUGCCUUGGAGGAGCCAUAAAUGGCAGAAAGUGGCCUUCGUCUGGCUAUAAAAGGACGUUAGCUUCUCUAUGAGAAGAUGACGGUGAUGUACGAGAGGAGCGAGUAACAGAACUGGGAAGGGAUUUUGUGGCUUCUUUAGCUGAAGUGAAAAGCGAGAGUGAAAGGAUGAGAUGGAUAGGAGAGAGAAUUACAAUGGCUGACCGAUUUGACUGUGACCAUUGCAAAGAAUCCCUGUAUGGCCGCAAGUACAUCCAGUCUGAUGACAGUCCCUACUGCAUCCCUUGCUAUGACAGCUUGUUCUCGAACACAUGUGACGAGUGCAAAGAACUGAUUGGCCAUGACGCAAGGGAACUCUUCUACGAAGACCGGCAUUAUCAUGAGCACUGCUUCCGCUGCUUCCGCUGCGAUCGUUCUCUGGCAGAUGAGCCCUUCACUAGCCAGGAUGAUGCACUGCUCUGCAAUGACUGCUACUGUAAUGAAUUCUCCUCCAAGUGUGUAGCCUGUGACAAGAUUGUCAUGCCAGGCACAAGAAAACUAGAGUAUGCUGGUUCUACUUGGCAUGAGGGCUGUUUCAUCUGUCACAGCUGCGCACAGCCAAUUGGCUCAAAGUCCUUCAUUCCCGACAAGGAUGAGCACUACUGCGUGCCCUGCUACGAGGACAAGUUCGCUCCACGCUGCACACGCUGUAAAAGAACCCUGACUAAAGGUGGAGUGACCUAUCGUGAUGAGCCGUGGCAUAAGGAGUGUUUUGUGUGCACCAACUGCAAGAUGCAGCUGGCAGGUCAGCACUUCACCUCCCGGGACGACAGCCCUUACUGCCUCAAGUGCUUUGGCAGCCUGUACGCCAAGAAGUGUGAGGCCUGCAGCAAACCCAUCACAGGCUUCGGAGGAGGAAAGUACAUCUCAUUUGAAGAUCGGCAGUGGCAUCAGCCGUGUUUCACCUGCUCGCAGUGCUCUGUUUCGCUUGUUGGUGCUGGCUUUUUCCCUGAUGGUGACAGAAUCUUAUGCCGUGACUGCCACAGCAGCCUAUAGAGCAAUUAUUUCCCAUAAUCCCACCUUUCCCUCAACUCACUCUUUAUUAUACCGAGAACCACAAGUCAUUACCAAGAUAGGUAACACAGGCUAACACAUACUGCCUCAGGUCAUUUUUUUAUAAGAUGUCAGUUACUUGACUUGAUUCUAAUCCAGACGCUGGUGUUCAAAAUCUUGUUUUGAUGCUGAAUUGUUUGCAUGAACCACCACAAAGAUUUCCCUAACCAAAUACGUAAUGAUUUUAUUCAUGGAGUGCCUUUAUUAUUACUGUGCAAACUGCUUGUCACUUUGCAAACCAUUUCUUAUUUUUUCUAUGAGUAAAAUGUCACUUCAGGUAGAAAUUGUGCUCUGAAGAGAAGACACCGAACACUGAUACAGUCUAGUGUAUAAAUCUUGCAGUCUGUAUUUUAAAAGUGUAAUGGAGUUACUGUUUUAAUGCUCUUCCAACUGCAGUUUUAUGCAUUUU